GACGGGGUCAACUUCGUGACCGGCGAUGGCGACCUGGCGUUCGGCUCCGGCGUUAGGGUCCGUGACAUGGUAGGGCCGUUCGAGCUGGUGGUCUGCGAUGGCGCUGGCAGGGGCCGCGCAGAGCUCCAGUUGCCGUCGAUGCAAUGGAGUACACUUGAUGCGAUCAAUUCUGGUGUGUGUGUGUGAUGCAAUGACGUAAGAAUAACGACAGAAAAAUAUGCCUGAGGAGUAUGGGUUGCACAGAGGAGUAUAAGGAUUUCUUCAUCGGGCCAGUCCACGUGGAAGAUGUCGCGUUAGCCCAUAUCACGCUGUUUGAAAACCCGGCUGCAUCCGGGAGGCACCUCUGUGUGGAGCCCAUAUGUCACUUGAGCGAUUUCGCGUCCCAAGUCGCGGAGCUCUACCCCGACUACGAAGUCCCGAAAUUACCUGAGGACACGCAGCCUGGGCUGGUGAGGGUGGAGGCGGUGCCGAAGAAGCUGAUGGCACUGGGCCUGCAUUUCACUCCUUUGGAAAAGAUCAUCAAGGAUGCGGUGGAGAGCCUUCGGAGAAGAGGAUGCAUCGCCUGAUGGCUGGAUUAUUAGCUGUACCAUAUUCCUUCCCUUCUGUUGUAGGGUCAUGAUCAACCCUUGCUCCAGAGAUAUGUUGUGCCCAGCCCAGUGCUAGACCUUAUAGUUGCCUGUAUGAUUGUGCAAUAACGGCUGGUUGAUCUACUGGUACACCUGUCUGUUCUUGCUAGAUACUUGCGGCUCUUAAAUUGUUCAUUGCCAUUCUUCA